AAAUUUUUUAAAUUUUUUUUGAAUUGAUAAAAGUUUGAUCAAACCAUUUGUCUCAAGCCAUACAAUGACACAAAAUCAGUUAAAAUUGUUAUUUAUGCACCAAUUUUGUUGGGAAACGACUAUUCUUCUGAUUCUAUGCAUUUCUGGUGACGAAAAGAAUUUCAUCCAAAAAUAUAUGAAAGUCGCAAUUUAUUAAGGAUCGACCAAUAUGGCAUUGCUAUGCCUGAAGGCUGAUACUGAUAAAAUAUUGGCGUAUCUACUUUUUUUUUGGUUUUAUUUAUUUAGUUUUAUUUUUGGUUUUUAUUUUGAAGUGGCCAGGGUUUCAGACAAGGCUGCUCUACCCAUCCAACCCACUAUACAUUUACAAAAAUCUAUGCGCGUAUUCAGAUUCGAACCGGGGACCUUUAGUACCGCAGUCGAGCUUCCACACCACUGCGCUAUGCAGGCCAUAUAAUUUAAUGAAAAAAAAAACAUUUGAACGCUCGCCAGAUGUAGCCAUAUUGUAAUAUUUUAAAGAUUUCAAUUUCGUUUAGGUUGCGAGAAAUUGUGAAACACCGUCAAGUAUUUUCCAAUUUUCCAUGUUUAUUAUUUGUUAUUUCACGACUGGGGACCCGGUGGCGACACGUCUUAUUACGGCCGUACAUUUUUAAUUAACACGUUGCAGUCUUUCUUCUGGUAUUUCUUACAGCGCUUGAUCUCUUCUUCUAUAAUUUUGAUUUUUUUGUCCAUCAUCUUCUGAGUUAGUUUAUUUUUGGUUUCCAAUUCCUUGAUAGCAAUGUUUGAGUGCGUAAAGUAAAACCGCUACAUAAACAGAAGUGAUAAUUAGAGGUUUUUUGGACGCUUACUCGCAGAUAAGCGAGAAUGGUGCAUUUCUCAUUAAAUUCUUUGACAAUUUCCAGUUUAUAAAAUUCCGUGACAAUCCCAGGUUUUCCCGAUUAUCCCGUUUUGUCGCCACCUCGUAAUUAUGUAUCAUUAAUAUCGGUAUCGGUCAAUCCCUACUAUUUAUUAUGCACCAAUUUUCUUGGGAAAAAGACCACACUUGAUUGCUCAAUGACCAAGAAGUGUAUUUAUGGUGAGAAAAACAUUUUUACCCAAAAAAUGUGAAAAUUAACUUUAACAACUUCACAAAAUAUCACGCAAUUCAUCAUCAACAUCGAGGACCAAGGAACGAUAAUUUAUAAACACUGCUUGUGGAAAGUUGAAGUUUUUUUCAAAUAGGAUCACAGGACCAUGCUCGGGUACUUAUAACUUUCCUGACCCGGUGCCCACUAUUUGCCAAAAGUCAACGUGUUGAGUUUGAUAAGUGUUUAGGCAAAACAAUAGAUUGAAUUACAACAUAUCAACUUUUAUCAACUACAUCUCCCCAUGUACUCUUAUCUCACAAUAGCUACUGUACAAAGUAUAUCCGAUUCAUUCGCCACAUUUUAAAAAUUAGAAUGUUUGUACUUCCUAUCAAUUGUUCAAAAUUUGUGAUCAUGACUAAAGACAGACCAAUGUAAUUACGAUGUUCUAAAAAGCCUUUCACUACAUAUUAUUUUUUACAUCUCAUUUAUACUGUUGUUAGAAGAAUCUCCUCAGUUUCUUUUGAUUCUCAGCCUAAACUAUAUUCAAUUUACUAUAGGAUUUAUUAUUAAUCGAACAUAUUACAUUUGUUAGCGUAUAUCCUUGUGCAAGAUUUAAAAAGACACUAUUUUAUGUUACAUUCAUCACGCAAUAUGGCGGGCGUAUCAGUUGCCCUUUAUACAGUACAGUAGCUGUGAUCUUGUGUAUAUCUAUCUAAUUUAAAUCAUACUGUGGAAGAUCUCAUACUUUUGCUCAUUUGAAUGUGUUGUUCAGUGUAAGGUGUAUAAUAUUACAGUUACCUAAUGGAGAUUGAUCGUGUAGCGGCUCCUGAUUAUCUUCCAACAGAGCAAGACAUUCUUCGUGUGAGAGUACCAACAACAGGCAUCAUUGAAUAUCCAUUUGAUUUGGAUGAGAUUCGGUUUAGUUAUCUUAGCGAUUUGGAGCGUAUAGGUGACCCUGAAUAUUUACCGACUGAGCAAGAUAUUCUGCGCGCGAGGGCACCUACCACCGGCAUUCUCGAAUAUCCGUUUGACCUUGACUCCAUUAUAUUUAGAAUGGUAGAUGUCGGGGGACAAAGAUCGGAAAGAAGGAAAUGGAUUCACUGCUUCGAGAAUGUAACAUCUAUAAUUUUUCUAGUAGCUUUAAGUGAAUAUGAUCAAAUCCUUUUUGAAUCUGAAAAUGAGAAUCGAAUGGAAGAGUCUAAAGCACUUUUUAAGACAAUUAUUACUUAUCCAUGGUUUCAACACUCCUCAGUAAUAUUAUUUUUGAACAAAAAAGAUUUACUAGAAGAAAAAAUUAUGUAUUCACAUCUUGUAGAUUAUUUUCCCGAAUAUGAUGGUCCACAACGAGAUGCUAUUGCAGCUAGAGAAUUUAUCCUGCGAAUGUUUGUAGAUCUUAAUCCUGACAGCGAGAAGAUUAUAUAUUCACAUUUUACAUGUGCUACAGAUACUGAAAAUAUCAAGUUUGUUUUUGCCGCUGUGAAGGAUACUAUACUACAGUCUAAUUUACGUGAAUACAAUUUGGUGUAGGAAUUCAUCAUAUAUUCCAUUGUGAUACAGUGUGAAGUGUAAUAUAGACUAACUCAAGGACCUAAAUGUGAUGCUUUCUUUUAUAUACUGUUAACUAAAUUUAUUAUGUCCCAGUGUGCUUAGGUUAGGACGAUCGUUGGAACUAUCCUAGUUCACUUUGCCUAGUAUAGUUUCCUUCGAUAAAUUAAAGCCAAAGCGUUUUUUAAACAGUGCAAAUGUCACUUGCAGCCAUAAUUUAACACUGUUACAAUUAGAAAAAUUAUUGUAGAGUAGUAUUCAAAAUACUGCAAAAUUCUUUUAUAUACAAACGUGUAAUCUGUAUUUUCUUGUUUAUUGGAAAUUUGGUGCUUCUGUAUCAUAUUUAGUAGCGCUUAAUCAAAAUUAUCUUACUCACUGGUCAUUUGUGACCCUUCCAGUAAACAUAAACGUACGGAUUGUUACUUUAUAAGCCAGCAUAUUAAUGCCUAGUUGGCUUUGAUUGAGUAAUAUUUAUUUAAUGUAAUAGCAAAUAUAUUCAAUAUAUGCAUAGGUGCUUGGUUCUGUUUCAGUGUACCAGGUGAGAAUGAUGUGUAAUUGUGAAAAACGCACAUUUGUAAAUCAUUUCUUUUAUGAUUAGAGAUCUUUCUGAAU